AUGGAAUCAUUUCGGUUACCUCUAGAUUUCAAAGCAAGUCCGUCAGAGAAAGGGCAUGGAGUGGAACUGAAGAUUUCAUCUAAAGGACUACGUAUUUCUAAGGAUUUCGAAAAGUUAAAGAAAGAUAUUAAACAAUCACCGAACGACUUAAGAAAAUGGGAUUUACUCUUUGAAGCAUUCAAUGACAAAUUUGAAGAAUUAUAUGGAGAAGAAAAGGACAAAAACAUUACGACAGAAUUCAAGCGCAUUGUUGAUGAAUCUUAUCUGGAAUUACUUGAUAGAUUCCCACUUUUGGUAUUUUAUUGGAAGAAUUGGCUGAUCUUAGCGUACAAGUUGGAUGGCAUUGAAGCAUCUAUAAAUGUUCUCGAGAAGUCCGUUGUGGAGUUUCCUUAUUCGAUUGAAUUAUGGGUGGACUAUUUAAGUGCUCUGAUCUCAGACUUUAAGCUUGGUAAGGACGAUGAAGGUACUCUGGAUCAAAAAAUACAAAACAUAAGGAACCUAUAUACACUAGCACUUCGGUAUAAUGGCAAAAACUUUAAUUCACAUGUCCUAUGGGAUAAAGCUAUCAGCUUUGAGAGCGAAGUUGAUAGCAAUUCUCACGAAUUGCUCUCUUUGUAUUUGGACAACAUCAGAACACCUUUGUACCAGUAUGCUCAAUACUUUAAGCAGUUUAGUGAGAUCAACAAGAACUAUAAGGUAGAGGAUAUUGUACCUGAGAGUGAACUUCAAGAUUACAUAAUAAAGUUCCAGGGUUCCAAUAUAGAUGAUUUAUCUGAGGCUGAUAAAUUUCAAAUUAUAGAUGAUUAUUCGUAUAAAGUUUUUAAUGAGACCCAAAAAACAGUGGAUGAAAAAUGGCAAUAUGAGUCUUCUUUAAUGUAUCAAGACUUUAGUUUGGAUAAAAUAGAGGAGAUAGAAAAAGAGAUUGGAGCAUGGAGACUUUAUUUGAAGUAUCAAGUCAACAAAUAUAGCGAAGAACCAAAUUCUUUUCAGUUUGAUUUAGUAUGCAACUUAUUUGAGAGGGCGUUGAUUCCAAAUUGUUUCAGUAGUAAUUUAUGGAUGUCAUUUUUGUCAUUUUUGAACUUCCUGCAACUCAAUGAUCAAGAAAAAUAUGAAAAAAUGAGCCAGCUAUACCAUAGAGCUGGAAACAGGUUUCUACCAUUAAAUGACAAUAUAUUGCGUUUCAGCUACUGUGAUUUUUUGAUGAAGUAUGAUAAAUUUGACAUGAGCGUCGAAUAUCUUUUUGACUUGAUCAAGAUGUUUAGUGGGUCUCUUGACCCCAAAGGUGUCUAUUUGAAAAAACCAUAUUUAGAGUCUAUUAAUAAAUUAAUAGAACUUUGGAAGCAAAAGAUGAAUCAACCGGAAUAUUCUGGACAAUUAUGUACGAUCAUAUUUGACUACUUCAGUGUGGAUGAGAAGAGCAGAAAAUCGCGUCAUUCGAAAGACCCAACGAUUGAUAACAAGGAAGAUAGUUACAAAUUCAAUGAGAACUAUGUUAGGAUUUUGCAAAAACUUCUUAAUAGCGACUCCAUUUGUAUUAUAACUGACUUAUACAUAGAUUCUUUGAAUCAAAGUUCAGAAUCAGCGACUGAAGAGAUGCGGCAUUUGUUCAAUAAUAUAUUUCAAGAAAAUGAGUUUACAAAGUCCGUUAAGUUCUGGAAAAAGUUUAUCGAAUUCGAAGGCCUUAAAACCCGGAGUAUGAUUAAUUUAAUUCGGAUUGUGACAUAUAUGAGCUGCAAUACUCAGCUACCCAAAGUAAUGAUAGAUGCCCUAAUAGAUCUCAGCUAUGAUAUCUUGCUACCGAAUUUAGCAGAUGCUCUUGAAAUGACACCUGAGACUCGUGAAUUUUUGUUAUACAUGGAUGCAAGUAAAUCAAAUUCACUAUUUAUAAACUCUUACUUGAGACGUAGGAUGUCUAAAUUUAAUUUCUACUUAGGGGAUGUUGACGACAAAAGGAUUACCAGUAGUAAGCACAGGAGUGUGUUAAGAGAAGAGAAUCUUCUUAAACUUGCAAAGAAACAUUUCGAUCAUCCCGGAAUUAUAACGGAGGCUGUUCCUGAAGUCACCAACAGUAUAAUGAACGAUAAAGUUAAAUAUCCUUUAGAAAGUUCAAGGCUUGAGAUUCCACCGUUACCUACGUUCAAGAAUGUUGAAAAAGCGAGUCUACCAAUAAAUUAUCCCACGGAGUAG